CUGAGCCCUUGCUCUCUGAAGUGGCAAACCUCAUGUCCUGCUACAGAUCUGUCAGAGCCCUGGAGACCUGACCCACCCGGCUCACCACGGCAGCAGCGAUGGGUCAGAACGUGGAGGUAUGGAAGCAGAUGUUUCAGGAAUUAAUUCAGGAGGUGAAACCAUGGCACAAGUGGACCCUGACACCAGACGGAAGCCUUCUUCCUGGCAUCCUGAAACCGGGGUGGACACAAUAUCAGCAGUGGAACUUUGCCAGAUUCCAGUGCUCCUUGUGCUCCCGCAGUUGGGCCUCCUCCCAAGUUCAGAUCCUCUUCCACAUGCACUGGAGUGAGGGUGGAUGCAGGGGCCGGGUGAAGAUGAGGGUCUUUGCCCAGAGAUGUCAAAAGUGCUCCCAGCCUCCAUUUGAGGUUCCCGAGUUCACGAACGAGAACAUCUCAAGGAUCCUGAGCAACCUGGUGUUCCAAAUUCUGAAGAAGUGCUAUAGAGAAGAAUUUAAGUUGACUGAGGAGAUUCCGGAAACCUCUUGUGAAGGGCCACACGACAGUGGCAACUGCGAGGCAUGUCUGCUAGGCUUCUGUGCUCAGAGUGGGAAAGGCCUGGCCAUGCAGUCACCAGUGUUUCUAGCACUUCCCGCAAUAAGCUCACCUACCCUCAGCAUCACCAUGCACCAGCCUUUUCCCACAAGGAGUGGCACCACUGCAGGUGCAGUGAAGAAAGGAAAGGUCUUACUCAGCCCCUGGUUUUCUGGGCCCACACGGUCUGCUAGCUUCCCCACCUACCGGAGCCCAGGAGAAAACCCCAACUACCAGGAGGAGAGGGAAGUCCAGGACCCCCUCUCAAGUGAUAGGUUCUACUCCUACACAAACCAGACCCCACUGCGCAGGACCUUAGGUCUGUGCUGCUGUUGUCUCAUUCUAAUCAUUAUCAUCAUGAUUGCUGUAACAGUCAGUAUCCGAGUCUCAAAAACAUGA